AUGCCUCUGCAUGAGUUUCACCGCGUGAAUAAGGGGAAACUUAACACUGAAAAGAUGAACAAUAACAGUUGUGCACCUGAUCAAUCUUCUGCACCCAACAAUGAUUUGUUUGAGCUGGUUUGGAAAAAGGGUCAGAUUUCGUUACAGGGUCAGUCCAGUAGAGCAAGAAUGAACCCAAAUUGUAAAACUUUGCCAUCUCAUUGCUCACCAUCUCACACUCCUCCAGGAUAUGCUAACAAUAAUAAUGUUACCAUCACAAGGAUGGGGAAGUAUGGGAAUUUGGGAGCUGAGUUGAAUGAAGUUAGAAGGUUGGUCCCUUCAGGUGAGGUGGAUUUGAGUGAAGAAGAGGAAGACAUGGUGAUGCCUUGGUUGAAUUAUGGAAUGGAUGACUCUUUGCAACAUGGAUAUAGUUCUGAUUUUUUGCAUGAACUAUAUGGGGUCACCAUGAAUGAGCCUUCAGCAUCAAAUAAUUUUUCUUCGUUAGAUAGAAGAAAUAGUGGUAGUAAGGUAUUUAGGGACACUAAUAAAAACACUCUAUUUGCAUCAGCUAGAUCCAAGGUGGCAGAUAUAGCUGAAAAUAAUACAAAUAUUAUUCCAUCUUCCUCAAGUGGUUUUUCUAGCUUGAAGAUGGAGAAGCAAGGUCCAGUUAUGUGUAGCAAUAGUUCCAACAUGAUGAAUUUUUCCCAUUUUGCAAAGCCUGCUGCUAUUGUCAAAGCUUACCUUCAGAACAUUGGCUUGACAUCAAGAUCAGGAAUUGUGGGACUAAAGAUUAAAGGUGCUGCUGCUGCAACUGUAAGUGUAACCAAUCCUUCUGAAUCAACGAAAGUUGAAUUAAGUGGCGAGUGUUCAAAGAAAGCAUCCAUACAAAGUCAUCAGGUUACGGAGCCAAAAACUCUGGAGCAGGAUGGUAGUGUCUCUACAAAGUGUGACCCUUCUUGCAAAGAUGUGUCCAGGAUUGAUCAAACUUCAAUUGGGGUCGUUGGAGAAAGUGGGAAUAAAGGAAAGGAAGCUAUUGGAAAAAAUGUGGAGCCAGCUGUAGUCUCCUCCUCUGUUUGCUCUGGCAAUGGUGCAGGGAGGGGUUCGAAGGAUCCAAAUGAAAAUUUGAAGAGAAAAAGUACAGACACAGAGGACUUUGAUAGCCAAACUGAUGAUGUUGAGGAAGAAUCAGUUGAUGUUAGAAAGGAGGUUCCUGCACGACGAAUUGGAGCCAAGAGAAGCCGUUCAGCUGAAGUGCAUAAUCUAUCUGAAAGGAGACGAAGAGACAGGAUCAAUGAGAAGAUGCGUGCAUUACAAGAACUAAUACCAAAUUGCAAUAAGACGGAUAAAGCUUCAAUGUUGGAUGAGGCAAUAGAGUAUCUCAAAACACUUCAACUCCAACUUCAAAUAAUGUCAAUGGGAACUGGUUUAUACUUGCCUGCAAUGAUGUUACCUCCGGGAAUCCAACACAUGCAUGCAGCACAUAUGGGCCCUUUUUCUCCUAUAGGUGUUGGCAUGCAAAUGAGGUUAGGAGUGGGUUGUGGCAUGGGCAUGGGCCUGCAUGAUGCUAAUGCUGAGUCUUCUAGAUUUCCAAUGAUUCAAGUACCCCAAAUGCAAGGAACUAAAUUUCCCAUUGCACAUGCACCUGGUUCCACGAUGCCAAGACCAAAUGCUCAAGUUUUUGGGCUUCCAAGUCAGGUUCACCCCAUGCCAAUGCCACAUGCUCCCAUGUUUUCAUUUCCAGGGGAACCCUUUAUGAGACCAUCGACUUUAGGACUAAAUGCCCGUGAAACAGGACUUAAGGAAAAUGUUGAUUCGGUUUCAGCCUCUAGCUUAAAGGAUCCUAUGCCACAUGCGAAUUCACAAGAUGCACAAAACACCAAUUGUUGUAGCUCAACGACUAAGAUGUCAACACAGUGUGAAGCAACAAUUGGUGGGUUUGAACACUCAACUUUGGUACGUAAUAGUGGUCAUGACACUUCGGCGAAAGACACAGGAGCUACUAAUCCCCAGUAA